AUGUUACAGGAUUGGAAAGCAAUGCAUUCUGUUGCAACUACAUCAAGUUCAGUAGCGCAGGCUGAAGUGCAGCGUACUUGGGGAAAACCGAUGGCCGGAAGGGUAAAAUGCAACAUAGAUGCUUCCUUUCUGAUAAAUUCUAACAGAGUCGGUAUUGGCAUUUGUAUUCGAAAUGAACAUGGAGCUUUUAUUUCAACAAAAACUGAAUGGUUUACUCCUAAAAGUGAAGUACAUGUUGGUAAGGCACUUGGACUGAUGUCUCCGCUUAAGUGGGUGCACGAGCUUAACUUAGGACCGGUGGAUUUUGAGUUGGAUUCAAAGAGAGUGGUUGAUAGUUUCCACUCUUCAAGUAGAGAUUUAACUAAAUUCAGUGCUAUUAUUGAUCAUUGUAAAUUAGUUUUUUCUAAUUAUUAUAGAAACUCUAGUGUAGAGUUUGUGCAGAAACAAGCUAAUGAGGCUGCUCAUACUCUAGCCAAGACGGCCACAUUGUAA